CGAAUAAUCACACAUUACUUUCGUCAGAGUAUUUCUGUUAGUCAUUGAUGGAGUGGCUAUGUUUUGGGGCUUCAUCCUGAAGAGGAUGAUCUCCUUUUGAUCAAAGAUUUUCUCAGUAGGAAUUCGAUCCCACAGAGAGGAUCAGGUUUAGAUUAAUAAUCACAACACCAGCAUCAAGGGAGUGAUUGAAAUACUGCCAGGAAAAUGUUGCGAGUUCAAACACCACGUUUCAAGAAAAUUAUUCAACAACAGUUUACAAGUAGCAGUGGAUUAUGGUCAACAUGUCGGUAUCUCCAUGCAGGAAAUAAAUUGUUUCAGACUAACAAACCUGAGCCUCGUAGAAGUGAAAUAAAGAAAAUUCUGGUUGCUAAUCGUGGUGAGAUUGCUAUCAGAGUCUUUCGUGCAGCUACUGAGGCUGGUAUUAGGACUGUUGCUAUUUAUUCAGAACAAGAUGCUAAUCUCAUGCACAGACAAAAAGCUGAUGAAGCAUAUCUCAUUGGCAAAGGCAUGCCUCCUGUUGCAGCUUAUUUAAAUAUUCCAGAAAUCAUCAAAAUUGCAAAGGAAACAGAGGCUGAUGCAAUUCACCCAGGAUAUGGAUUUCUCUCAGAGAGAGCCAACUUUGCUGAAGCUUGUGUCAAAAAUGGCAUCAUUUUCAUCGGCCCCUCCCCCUCAAUUGUCAAAAUGAUGGGGGAUAAGGUGGAAGCUCGGCAAGUAGCAGUCAAUGCAGGUGUGCCUGUGGUUCCUGGCACAGAGAACCCAAUCAAAACUGUGGAAGAGGCCAAAGCCUUCUGUGAGCAGUAUGGGUUGCCUGUCAUAACCAAGGCAGCAUAUGGCGGAGGUGGCCGUGGCAUGAGGGUAAUCCAUAAGAUGGAAGAUGUGGAAGAGUUCUUUAACUUAGCCAGCAAUGAGGCAUACGCUGCUUUUGGAGAUGGUUCAAUGUUUAUUGAAAAGUUUGUUGAACAACCGAGACAUAUUGAAGUUCAGAUGAUGGGGGAUGCCUACGGAAAUGUUGUACACCUUUAUGAACGAGACUGUUCAGUGCAGAGACGUCAUCAGAAAAUCAUAGAAAUCGCCCCAGCGCCAGAACUUCCUCAGGAAAUCAGAGACAAAAUGACAAGCGAUGCCGUUAAACUGUGUAAAGAAGUUGGUUAUCAAAAUGCUGGGACUGUGGAAUUCUUGCUGGAUCCACAAGGAAAUCAUUACUUUAUCGAGGUUAACGCCCGUCUUCAAGUGGAGCACACGGUGACGGAAGAAGUUACAGGUGUCGAUCUGGUACGAACACAAAUCAAUGUGGCAGAAGGAAAAUCUCUGGAGGAAAUAGGACUUCGUCAAGAGGAUAUCAAAGUGACUGGAUCAGCAAUUCAAGCUCGUAUCACAACUGAAGAUCCUGCAAAUAACUUCACUCCAGAUACAGGCAGGAUUGAGGUUUUCCGAACAGGUGAAGGAAUGGGAAUUCGAUUGGAUGGGAAUUCCAUGUUUCCUGGUGCUGUGGUUUCUCCUCAUUACGACUCACUUCUAACGAAAGUUAUCAGCAAAGGCUCAACUCAUAGAGACGCUGCAACCAAACUGCUGAGAGCACUGCGUGAGUUUAGAGUCAGAGGGGUCAAGACCAAUAUUCCUUUCAUUAUCAAUGUUCUUAAAGAAGAUGAGUUUCUAGAUGGCGCUGUUAGGACAGAUUUCAUCCUCCACAGACCUCAAUUGUUCAAAGUAGAAUGGGGUCAAAAUCGAGCUCAGAAAUUGCUCCAGUAUCUUGGAAACGUGAUGAUUAACGGACCGUGCACUCCUUUGGCGACUACUUUGAAACCCUCCAAGGACGCUCCAGAAGCACCCGAGAUCCCCAAAACGUCCAAUUCGGGUUCCUACGGCCACCUGAGACCGAGCGGAUUCCGAGAUAUUUUAUUACAGCAAGGACCUGAAGGUUUUGCCAGUGCUGUUCGAAAGAGCAACAGGCUUCUGCUGACAGAUACAACAUUCAGGGACGCCCACCAGUCACUGCUGGCCACCCGUGUGCGGACUCAUGACAUGCUCAAGGUGGCACCAUUUGUGUCACAUUAUUUUGCCAAUGCCUACAGUUUGGAGAAUUGGGGAGGUGCAACCUUCGAUGUUGCCCUACGUUUCCUGUACGAAUGUCCCUGGGAUCGCCUGGCCCAGCUGCGAGAAGCUGUUCCCAACAUCCCGUUUCAGAUGCUCCUCCGCGGUGCAAAUGCGGUGGGAUACACCAGUUACCCCGACAACGUGGUUUUCAAGUUUUGUGAAAAGGCGCACCAGAACGGCAUGGAUAUUUUCAGGGUAUUCGAUUCCUUGAACUACCUGCCGAAUUUACAGCUUGGUAUUGAAGCUGCUGGCAAGGCAGGCGGAGUGGUAGAGGCUGCGAUAUCCUACACUGGUGAUGUGUCCAACCCAAUGAAGACAAAGUAUAACAUUGAUUAUUACAUGAACCUGGCGUCAGAACUGGCACGUUCUGGUGCGCAUGUGCUCUGUAUCAAGGACAUGGCCGGAGUAUUAAAGCCAAAUGCCGCUACAUUGUUGAUUGGUUCUCUUCGAGCCCAGUUCCCUAAGCUACCCAUUCACGUACAUACCCAUGAUACCGCUGGGGCAGGUGUAGCCUCCAUGUUGGCCGCGGCGGAGGCUGGAGCCGACGUGGUAGAUGUUGCUGUAGACUCCAUGUCUGGCAUGACGUCACAGCCAAGCAUGGGGGCCAUUGUUGCGGCAUUGGAAAACACGGAGAAGGAAACAGGAAUUCCUCUUGAACGUGUCCACGAGUACAGCGAGUACUGGGAACGAGCGAGGAAUCUGUACGCUCCGUUUGAGAGCACUGUCACCAUGAAGACCGGAAAUGCUGACGUGUACGAGAACGAGAUUCCUGGGGGACAGUACACUAACCUUCACUUCCAGGCCUACUCGCUCGGCCUGGCUGAUCAGUUCACCGAUGUCAAAAAGAAAUAUGCGCUGGCUAACGAACUGCUGGGUGAUGUAGUGAAGGUGACUCCAACCUCCAAGGUCGUUGGUGACUUGGCUCAGUUUAUGGUGCAGAACAAGUUGGAUGAUCGCGAUGUGCUCGCCAAGGCUGAUGAACUUGACUUCCCAUCUUCAGUGGUAGAGUUCUUGCAAGGUUAUUUGGGUCAACCGCAUGGCGGUUUCCCUGAACCCCUUCGAACAAAGGCUUUAAAGGGACGCCCCACAAUUGAUGGAAGGCCAGGAGAAUCUUUGGAGCCACUCGACUUUGACGCACUGAAAAGUAAACUGCAAGAGGAAUUCGGAGAAAAUGCCAUUCGAGAUGAGGACGUACUUAGCGCCGCUCUGUACCCUAAAGUUUUCAAUGAUUACAUGGUGUUCAGGGAGGAGUUUGGUCCAGUUGAUGGACUUCCCACCAGACUCUUCUUCACUGGCCCUGAAAUUGGAGAAGAAUUCCAAGUGGCGAUUGAGCCUGGAAAAGUUUUGAACAUCAAAGUACUGGCCAUCAGUGACUUGCACCCGAAUGGACAGAGAGAAGUAUUCUGUGAGAUGAACGGACAACUGAGAACAGUUUUGGUGGAGGACAAGUCUGUAACAAAGACUCUUGAGCGACAUCCCAAAGCCGACAAAUCUGUCAAAGGUUCCGUGGGAGCCCCCAUGCCGGGUAAAGUUGUCGGCAUCCGAGCAAAAGAGAACGAAGUGGUGAAGAAGGGAGACCCGCUGGUUGUUCUCAGCGCCAUGAAGAUGGAGACUAACGUGACUGCCCCUAUCGACGGAACUGUGACGAAGAUUUCCGUCAAAUUGAACCAGAACUUAGAGGCGGGCGAUCUCUUGGUGGAUAUCGAGCCUUUAAGUUAAACCGGUCGGUGACUGAUCGUAAUCGUUCGGUGCACCUUCGGAUAACUUCGGGAAGUUUCUAAUAAUAUUGUCGGUAUACAAGCACGUCCGUGUCAUGUGGUUCAAUAUUAUCAAUAGUCGAAUGCUAGAAUGUGUAUUGGUAUUGUAUCCAAAGUUGAAUCAUGGAAAGCACUUCUCAAUGAAAUCUGAUGUCAGAAAUGGGUGAUCUAUAGUGAUCCCCUACCCUUAAACUCUCAAGAUCCAAUUAGUUAUUCUCCCAACUGACUAACACAUAUUCCUUUGCAAAUUAGGCAAGAGAAUUGAAUGUUAUGUCAAGAUAACACGCGCUAGCUGUUUGCUAUGUCUGUUCUUCAAACCUGUCUGCAGGAUAACACAUCGAAAUCACAAUUACAUGUUAGUCACUCAUGGGAGUUAAAGGGUUAAGAUACUCUUUGAUUUAACUUAUUUUAGGUUUUGCGAUUGCUUUUUAUUGGUUUAUGGUUUUUGUGGUAUGUUUUGUUGUCAGUGUUUACUUCCCUGUCUUCAUUUUCAAUACGUUAACAAAUCAUUCUCAAUCCCUCUAAUUUUGUUUAAUUUAUCAAAUUUAGAGUUUUACUUGGGUUUCCAACAAAAAUGAUCACAAUUGAAAUAAGUUAUCUCCAAAAUACUUAACAGUAAGAGGAACACGAGAAGUUUAAGACGUUAAUUUAAGGAUUUAAAUAUUUUAGCAAGUUCUACUUUCAAUCAACAAUCUUAAGUUGAUGUCGACCCACAGAAAUGUCAUUAUCUACCAAAACGAGAGUAAAUAUAUCUAUGAACUAACUUAUAAUUUGCAUUUUGUGGGGCUUUAAAUAUUUCAGGCGAUUUAUGGAAAAACGCCGAUUUCAUAUUAGACUUGAAUACAAUUUUCAGGCUGAGACACGUUGGGACGAAUAAGGAAUUCACCAGGUUCAAUUUUUUUUAAACAGUCAGAAAGAGUGUAAAAGUUUUAAGGAAGCUUCAUUGGUAAGUUUGAUAAAUAAAUCU